CCACGAUCUUGAAAGAGCUACCUCUAGCGCAAAACACCACAAACAGUCAACCAAGAUGGCGGACGCUGAUCUCGAAGAAAUUAGAAAGGCACGCCUGGCGCAGCUCAAAUCCCAAGGUGGGGGAGGGGGAGGGGCAAGCAGCGCAGGCGGCGGCGGUCAAGAUGACCAGAGACAGCAACAAGAAUCUGAUGCGAGACAGUCGAUCCUGAACCAAAUCCUCGAGCCAGCCGCGGCAGAGCGCCUCGGAAGAAUUCGUCUCGUCAAGGCGUCCCGAGCAGAUGAUGUGGAAAACAGGCUGAUUACACUGGCAAGGUCGGGACAGUUGAGGCAGAAGGUCACCGAGGAGCAGUUGAAAGACCUGCUCAACGCCGUGGCUGAGACGAAGGAAGAGGAGAAGAUUGUGAUUAGCAGGCGAAAGGGCGGAUGGGAUGACGAUGAUGACGACUUGUUCAAUAUGUAGCCCAAAUGGGGUACUCUACUGGGAAAAGGCAUGGCUUAUGGCCAUAUUGCUACACUGAAAUAACGAUUGUGUGUUUUCAUGGUCUUGGGACUUGGCGUUGAUCUACAAUAUUAUACAUAUUUAUACUC